AGAACCGAUGAGUGAGAAAUCAUAUGUUACCCAAUCAAAAUCCUCACCUGUAAUGUAACUCCAUUGUAUGACGAUCAACACCUCCCCAUCUUUCAAACACUUGAUGACACAAACAAACACUCUAAUGAAUCAGUAAAUCAAGUUCAAGUUCAAGUUCAAGUUCAGUUCACACACAGCAGAACGAGACAGCUGAGAAAUCCAAUUGCCAUGAACGCAUGCCUCCUCAAGAUCCACCUUCACCAUCAUCGCCGUCUUCAACAUGAUCAACACCACCACCACCACCACCAUGAAGGGCUCGAUGUCUCCGUCCUCCGCCGCAAAUCCCCAAUCUCAAGCCCUUAAAACCUACUUCAAAACGCCCGACGGCCGCUACAACCUCCACUCUGACAAGUCUCACCCCUCCUCCCUCCUCCCCUUCUCCCUCGCCAAAUCCAUCACUCAGAUAACGCUAGCGCACCUCAAGGACAAGGCUGCGCAGCCGCCAAGCUCGAGUUCCGGUUCGAGCAGCGGAGUAAGGCAUGUGGCAGCUAGGUUAUUGGCCAGUGGCAAUGGCAUUCGAGGGAAUGGCGGCGCGAGUAAAAUAAAUAGUGGAACUAGCAGAACUGGUUCGUUGGGAGGGUUGAAUGGAUAUAGUUCUUUGAUUAGUUCGAAUUUUGAUGGGAAAGGGACUUACUUGGUGUUUAAUGUUGGGGAUACUUUGUAUGUCAGUGACCUUAAUUCACAGGAUAAGGAUCCAAUUAAAGCAAUACACUUCAGUAAUUCGAACCCUGUUUGUCAUGCUUUUGAUUGUGAAGCUAAGGAUGCGCAUGACUUGCUAAUUGGAUUGAAUUGUGGAGAUGUGUACUCGGUAUCUUUGAGACAACAAUUACAAGAUGUUGGGAAGAAACUUGUGGGUGCCCAACAUUAUAACAAAGAAGGGUCCACCAAUAACAGUCGAUGUACUAGUAUUACAUGGAUACCUGGGCGUGAAGGUGCUUUUGUUGUUGCUCAUGCUGAUGGAAACUUGUAUGUGUAUGAAAAGAGCAAGGAUGGUACUGGUGAUGCUUCCUUCCCAGUCAUCAAGGAUCUGGCUCAAUUUUCUGUUGCACAUGCGAAGUCCAGUAAGAGUAAUCCAAUUGCAAGAUGGCACAUUUGCGACAGUUCUAUUAAUGGCAUUGCCUUUUCAAGUGAUGGGAAAUAUUUGGCAACUGUUGGUAGAGAUGGUUAUUCACGAGUUUUUGACUACUCAAAUGAGCAACUGAUUUGUGGUGGGAGAAGUUAUUAUGGUGCUCUUUUAUGCUGUGCCUGGAGUGGGGAUGGGAAAUACAUCUUGACUGGUGGUGAAGAUGAUCUAGUUCAAGUUUGGAGCAUGGAAGACAGGAAGAUAGUAGCAUGGGGCGAGGGACACAACUCAUGGGUCAGUGGAGUUGCUUUUGACUCGUAUUGGUCACCACCAACUUCAGAAGAUAUAGGAGAAAAUGUCAUGUAUCGAUUCGGUUCUGUUGGUCAGGACACACAAUUGCUUCUCUGGGAUCUGUCUAUGGAAGAGAUUGUAGUGCCACUUCGCCGGUGUCCGCCUGGUGGUUCCCCUUCAUUCAGCACCGGAAGCCAGUCAUCUCAUUGGGACAGUGUAGUUCCCGUGGGUACUCUUCAACCUGCUCCAAGCAUGAGAGAUGUUCCAAAGCUCUCCCCACUAGUUGCACAUCGCGUCCAUUCCGAACCUCUAUCUGGCUUAAUUUUUACCCAAGAAUCUGUCAUCACCGCAUGUCGGGAAGGGCACGUGAAGAUAUGGACGAGACCUGGGCAGUCAGAUCAAUCAAACAACUCAGAAGCCCUUCAAAGUUCUGGUUUAAAGAAGACAUUUUUGUCGGGCAAAGUUGGCAGCAGCUCUAGUUACAAAUAAUCAGUAGAAGGGUGUUGCCAAAGGUGCUUUUUAUAGAGUUAAAGUUGUAGUUUGCAUAUAUAACUAUUUUUAUAUAUAUAUAUAAAUAUAUAUCCCUUUCACCCAAACUCCUGGGGUCAUACCGAGUCCAAUUGCUCAUAUGGGCAAGUGAGAUUAGUCAUCUGGUCCCUGUUGUAUAAGAGUAGCGGUAUAUUUAUCAACUAUGAGAGAGAGAGAGAGAGAGAGAGAGUGAAUGAGCACGAAGUUAUACAAAGUCGCUGUUGCAAGAUUGCUGACUAUUUAUAUAGGUGGGAAUAAGGGAUGGCGCUCUGGCCUGGACUCUGUUGGGGACUAUUUUGAUGAAGCACUAUUAGUAGACGGUGACUAAUUCCUCCAACAGUAAGAAACUUGAUUUUUUUUAUUUUUUCCCCUAACAAUUUGUUUAUCAUGUUGACUGAGAAUUUUGCAAUACGUGAGUCUUUUUGUGGCCUACGAUUAAAUGCCCGCUUUUCAA